ACUGACCAUCUCAAAAUACAUCGUCAACCACCCCUCAUGUGACAUCUUUCGAACGUACGACUGGAAAUUACUAUUCUGUCAUAUUGGUGGAAACAACAUGUUACAUCUAUUACUUAAUACCAUUCUAUUAUUGAAAUCUCAAACCGAAGUUUUUUACCACUUGUCAGGGUUAACUAUCAAUAUCAAUGCGGAAUUAACAACUCCUCCGAUAGUGACAUAUCAGCAAUAUAAUAGAUACAAAGAUACCUUCUUACACGACCUGACAAUACCAAAUAGUAGUCUAUCAAAUCGUAUCAUCAAAGAAUUAUCAUCAGGCACCAAGCGACGUUCCAGUACCAAUAUAUCUGAUUUGUCUCCUGCAAAACGAAGAAAAGAUGCCACAAAUACGAACUUUUUGCCAUCAUCAGAACAGAUCACAAAGAAAACAAAACGGAAAAGAAAUCGACAUGGAAAGAGUAAAGGGAACGAUCCAGAAAGGAAGUCACUUUCAAAGCUUUCUUUUACCAACGUUAAAAAGACUACACCAAACUAUAUCACUAUUACUCCUUAUACCUCUUCUACAAUGGAUAUUCCUUCUACUACCUAUUUGGAUCGCCACCGUAUGUUAUAUGCAGAACCAACAAUAUCCAAAGAUCAAGUGCAACGUUUUACCUAUAGAACAGCUGACGUAUUUGGUCCUCAUCCUAUUGACAGUCAAAUCUACAAGCAAGCAUCUACUCUGUACAUAUUGAAGAACAUGUUCCCAAAAGAAUUCAAACGGAAAUAUGAAAACCAUCCUUAUUUGCCAAAGCGUGUCCAAAAUGCAGUAUAUAUUGUGGAUCAUUUGACAAGGAAACAUCCUGCAAAGUCAUUGACUAGAAUCCUCAACAGAUGGUGUCCACGGAAGGUAAUUGCAGGAAAUACAGAAAAGAUAGAAAACCAGUCCAUCCAUUGAUGAAUUAUCUGUGCCUUAUCGACAAGUGUUUUUGUUUGUGAAAGCCAUAAUGG